CUUUGUUUAUGAAGAAGAAGAAAGUAGCCCAGGGUGGGUAGCUGCUCUAGACAUGUCAGACAACUGACAGGAAUGGUAACUUGGCCGCAGUAGUCAGUGAGUUAUCAAAAAGUUCCCGAAAGCUGAAAGUAAGGAUUUUGGAGCACGACACAUCACAUCACCAGGUGGCCUGUGUAGAGGGUUGACAACCCGGCAUCUUGAUUAUCGUUGAUAUCUGACAACCGCUGGUUAGCUAGCAUUAGCUACUGGCUAGCUGUGGAGAGAAGUAUCGUCAGUUUUCAGUCAUGUCUUCGGCCGGAGACUUUGGAAACCCUUUAAGAAAGUUUAAACUGGUAUUUCUGGGGGAACAGAGUGUGGGAAAGACUUCUCUGAUCACCAGGUUCAUGUAUGAUAGCUUCGACAACACUUACCAAGCCACAAUAGGAAUAGAUUUCCUGUCGAAAACCAUGUACCUUGAAGACCGAACA